GGCGCCAACCUCCGGCGAAAAGCUGAGCACGCAACUGCUACACAGGAGGAUGGAGGUGGAGAUGCAGCUGGACGACGACCUCUUCUUCGCGGAGCUCAGCAAGCGCAUCUCGCUCCUCAUCACCGACGACGACGACGCCGACUUCGCCGUCGCCGCCGCCGCCGCCGUGCAGUUCCCCGACGCCAUGCACCUCCCGCCGGGUUUCUCUAUGUCGCCCCAUGUGCCAUCGAUGUUGGCGCCACCGGCCUACACGCUGUUCCACCACGCCGCCAGCUACGGCAGCGCCGGCGACGCUGCUGGCAGAACGUGGCAGCAACCACAGCAGCAUCAGCAACAACAGCAGUGCGGCAGCAAGGGCACCGGCGUGUUCAUCCCGCGGUCCACGCCCGGCGGCGGCGCGCACUCCAAGCGCAAGGGCCGGAACUGGAGCGGCUCCAAGGCGCACAAGGCGCGGGCGCAGGCAGAGGGCGCCGUCGCGGCCGGCACGCCCGUCAAGAGACGUUGAUCAGGAAAAUCUGUUCUAAGAAGAGCACUCCAAUAAAAUCAAAAAAAGUUCCCCACUAAUCAACUAGCUACAGGUGCAGUGCUGAUCGAGUUCUCUAUCAAGAUUUCAUUAAUUAAAUUAUUUAAUAUGCUUAAUUGUGUAUUAUAUUAAUAUAUAUGGGUAAAAGGAUAAAAUAAGCCAUAGCUGCUCCCAGGGUUAAAUGUGUAAUAUGAGCCCUAGGGUUGCAUGCAUGCAGGGGAGGAACCGGGUGGCACCACACCAAUAAUAUGAGCCCUAGUAGUGAUUGAUUGUAGAGCACUUCCUCCCUGCAAUGGAAGAAUUUGUAUGUGUACAGUAUAGUGAAUCUGGCGCAUGUGGUGCUGCCGAUUUUGUAAUCUUCUUUUCUUGUUAAUGUAAGAUCAACGUACUACUAUACUCCAGUUAAAGAAUGGAACGAGUGAUGAUUGAUGUCUU